AUGUUCAUUAAAGAGCAGAAAGUAGAAACAAAAGUCAUCAAGGUUCCCCCCUGGUCCUGGUCUUGGUCCUGUCCCCGUCCCUGGUCCUGGCCCCCUCCUCCAGAGAUGCCUCUUCUGCCUCAGCUCUCCGGCACAGCUCUGCUUCAGCUCGCUCUGCUCCUGUCUGCGGUCCCGGCUCAGUACUACAUCUCCCGCUGGUACGGGACCACGGCCACACAGCGGUUCCACGCCACGGCGAGGUUACACCGCAUUUGGAAAGACUGGUCGUCCUACCUGAAUGCCACGGCCUGGAGCGAGUGGAGCAGCCGCCAUUUCUCCAAAGUAAUGUCUUAUUUGGGAUUUGAAGAGCCCAUAGAAGAGUUCACCAAGAUUCUGUCUCUGGAGAAAAUGCUGAUCGAUAAUGACCAAGGAUAUUUUGGAGCCUCGAAAAGCGUCCGUCAGCCCCGCCCUCCGUUUGUGUUCCUGCGUGUGGGACAGGUCGUCAUGGAGACCAGGGGGAACAUGGUGGGGGUGGUGGUCAGCUGGGACCCAGAGCUCAGAGCCCCGGCUGAAUGGGUGGACCGGGUCUACUCGGACUUUGAGAGCACUAAAGCAGAGAGGACCCCUCAUUACAAAGUGCUGUUUAACGGCCCUGCAGGAGCCUCCUCUGUGCUGAUGGCCUACCUCCCCCAGACCCAACUGGAGCGGGUCAGCGACAUGAGGCCAAACAUUCCCACGUUGGAGAAGUACUUCACUCAUUUUGACGGCGAGCGGUUUGUGCUGCAGCCCUGGCUCAGAGCGAUCUAUCCUGAAGACGAAGAACCAGAAACUUGA